UUGAACUCUCUGCUCCCGGGGCGAGAAUCUGUCAGAUUCCGGCGGCGGAGGGAGCUGGAGAGAUUUUUAUAAUAUAAUUUUAAUUUGGGGGGGAAAAAAAACACACCCCUGGAGGAAAAUGGCUGCUGUUUGAUGGAGACUACACGAUGCUGGACUGGGAAAGGAUGAUGCACUAAUUUGCAACCACCGAACAUGGAUCAGGAUUAUGUGGUCCGAGUUCGAGCUGUAGUGAUGACCCGUGACGACUCCAGCGGAGGCUGGGUGCCCCUGGGUGGACCAGGUCUGAGCCACGUCACCAUCGCUCGGACGGUGCGGUCGGACACCAGUAGCCAGGGCAGCUUCCUGAUCCGCGGUGAGCGUCUCCGUGAUGAGGCGGUGAUCUUGGAAUGCCGGCUCAAGAGGGACCUUGUUUACAACAAGGUGAAUCCCAUCUUUCACCACUGGAAAGUGGACGACGACAAGUUCGGCCUCACGUUCCAGAGUCCUGCUGAUGCUGUCAACUUUGAGAGGAGCAUUCAGAGCGCCAUUGGGGAAAUGUCUGAAGGGUCUCUGACCUCCUCCUCCCCGAGUCAGGGUGAAGCUGACGCUGCGGAGGACGUGACUGCCACGCACACAGACAGCGAGUCGUCACCCAACAGCAGGAAGGAGAUGCUCCCGAAACACAUCACCAUAGUAACCAGCGAAUCAUCUUCGAGCUGCUACAUCAGAUCUCCAGUCUCUGACGAAUUCUGGCUCGGCCACACUGAGGCAGCCACGCCGCACUCCCAGGUCCCGGGCCGGACGCCCCGCCGGCAGCAGCAGGAGGAGGAGGAGGAGCUGGAGGCCGUCCACAAGGAGCUGUGGGUGGCCAAGGGCUACGAGGACUACCGGCGGGCCGGCCCGCCCGGCGGCCCGGACAAGCUGCAGCUGUGCGUGCACUUCGCCAAGGGCGAGGGGCGGGAGGCGGCGGCGGCGGGCGGAGGAGGCCCGACCCCGGCCUCGCCCUCGCCCUCGCCCUCGCCCGCCUGCCGGGUCCGCGGCCCCGCCUCGCCGCGGCUGAAGAAGGGCGAGGGGGAGGCGGCUCCCGCCCGCUGCGUCUACUGUCGCGACGUGUUCCGGGCGGCGGAGAACGGGCGAGGCCGCUGCCAGGACGCGCCCGACCCGGUGCGGCGCUGCGUGCACCAGGUCAGCUGCAUGUGGUGCGCCGAGAGCCUGCUCUACCACUGCAUGGCCGACUCGGAGGGCGACUACUCGGACCCCUGCUCCUGCGACCCCGGCAGCCGCCACUUCUGCGCCCGCUGGCUGGCGCUGGCCGCCCUCUCGCUGAUGGCGCCCUGCAUGUGCUGCUACCUGCCGCUGCAGGCCUGCCACCGCUGCGGCGAGCGCUGGGGCUGCUGCGGGGGCAAACACAAGGCGGUGCGCUGA